AUGUUAGAAUUAUUUAUUUACGAAUUGAUAAAUAUUGCUGGAUUUUUAAAUUAUAAGAUUUGUGAAUUAAAUUUUAUUUUGAAUAGCCCAUUAGAAGCCCUCAAUCAAUUUAGAAAACAUUCCAGUAAUUUUUUCAAUCGACAAAUGGGGAAUUAUCCAAGUAAAGAAUUGGCAAUUAUUGAAUUUGAGUUGUGGAAAUCUCAACAGAAUCGCCUUUUUGCCGAUCUUUUUAAUUUUGCUGUCUCAAAUGGAGUAGCUGCUUAUGCCUCUCAAAAUCCUGGACGUUUCUUAGAAGAAGCUGCUUCUCAUUUGAAAAAGGCAAAUUCUUUAAUUCGACAAUUAAAAACAAAAAAUGCUUUACAACAAAGACAGCCAUGUUCUAUUAAUUUAGGUUUUUAUUUUUAA